UCAGAGUCGAGAGAAUAAACCAGAGAUGUAAAAGAGUUGUGCGGCUUCGAGUCAGUCUAUCAAAAUCCAUGGAUUGUUACUGAAUUUUCGCGCAUAUUGAUUAUUCACUGGAUCCUUGACGAACUCGAGCUGAUACUCUUUGUCCCAGGGAGCUUGCAAAAAUUAUCUAACGAUCGUGUGUUGUGCCGAUGUCGAGAAUUUCAGUGUUGGAACGACACGGGGUUGUUUUAUAACAGAUAUGGCGGUUUUUCUCUAGCACCGCCAUGUACUCGAUCGACAUGGACAGUGACAGCUCAGGGAAGCUACCCCAGUCCUCCCAAAACAUCGAGAAUGAUUCGGGGAACAAGUUUACGAUCCCAGGAAUAUUACAUUUCAUUCAACAUGAGUGGGCUCGAUUUGAAAUGGAGAGAGCGCACUGGGAAGUCGAGCGAGCUGAACUUCAGGCUCGUAUUGCAUUUUUACAAGGAGAGAGAAAGGGACAGGAGAAUUUGAAACACGACCUGAUUAGAAGGAUCAAGAUGUUGGAGUUUGCACUAAAGCAAGAAAGAGCCAAGUAUCACCGUCUAAAGUAUGGUACAGACCUUGGUCAAGAGAGGUCUCCUCCCAAAGAACAGGAGCAGAAAGAGGAACAUCCGAAUGAAGUGACAGGAUCUAGCAAUAAGCCUAGUAUGAACUGGCGGCAAGGAAGGCAGUUACUUCGUCAGUAUUUACAAGAAGUUGGUUACACAGAUGCCAUACUUGACGUCCGCUCGUCGCGAGUGAGGUCUAUAUUAGGUUUAUCAGCAGCUGAGCCCUUGGCCCCUGCACAGAUGAAUGGUACAUCACCCAGGAAGCCUGAUGAUGGCCCCGAGUUUAUAAGAGAGCCAUCCCCACAAUCAAGAGAACCAGUAUCUGUUAGACAACAAGCCCCAAGUUCUCAUGAUGUUGUAGCUCCAAACCCAAUACGAAGAGCACCACCUCACAUUCCUCCAAUUGGAAAGAAGCCUGCCGACGAAGACUUUGAAUCAGAAGCUGCUGUGAUGGCAAAUUUUGAUUUCUUAGAGAAUGAUAUUGAAGAUGAGGAAGAAAAUGAGGAUGAAGUGGAUGAUGGUGGUAGUGCAGACGAUGAAGAUGAUGAGCGAGAUGUCCUCAAGACAGAAAGGCGCAUCAUCAAGAAACCAAAGACAGAUUCAAAUGAAGAUCUUAGUCCGGAGGAGGAGGAGGCUCUCGAUGAGUUCAAGUUUGUGAUGGGUGAUGACGAUGACAUGGACAGUGACUCCACGGUCAUAGAAGUACCUACCGGCAAGGACUUAGACGAUGUCAAUAUUCACAUGCCUGAUGGAGAAGAGGGGAUGGCUGAACAAGAUCACCUACACCCAGAUGGAACGCCAAAGGAUGAAUGGGAUGUGGACCCAAGCAUGUUGGCCAAAUUGAAAGAACAGUACAAGAAGGAAAGGAAAUCAAAAAAGAAUGUCAAACGUCCCCCCAGGUCAGCAUUACAAGUCAUGAUCGCUAACCUUGGGGGAGAUGAGGAGAUGCCACCUCAGUCCCAGUCUACCCCAGCUCCGGCUACCACAGGGCCCUCUCCAGUCAGACUUGUUGGUUCCCGCGCCAUGUCAGAGAUACCCCCACCCAUCGGCAGUGUCAAAAUCCCAACCAAGACUGAAGCAGCCCCAGCGGCAAGCUCUCCACCAAAGAAUGAGCCUUUUGAAGAUGCCUUGGGUCUUGGGGAGCUUGCGGAGUUGACUGUCAAUAAUGAGGCUGAAGCUCUUAGUUAUGAGAUCAAUAAAAAAGACGAAUUUAGGAAAACUUGGAACCCUAAGUUUACACUGAGAAGCCAUUUUGAUAGCAUAAGAUCGGUGUACUUCCACCCCCAAGAGGCUGCAGUCAUCACAGCCUCUGAGGAUCACACAAUGAAAUUGUGGAACCUUCAAAAGACAGUGCCGCAAAAGAAGAGUAAUAUUUUGGAUGUGGAACCAAUAUACACAUUUAGAGGACACAGUGCGGCAGUUCUAAGCGUGGUCAUCAGCAGCACAAGUGAUAUGUGUUUUAGCGGAGGGGCUGAUGGUACAAUUCUCUGCUGGAAUAUCCCAUCAUUAGACCUGGACCCUUAUGGGCCUUACAGUCCAAAUGUCACAGGAGCCUUGUUAGAGGUCCAUACCGAUGCUGUUUGGGGCCUUGCUGUGCAGACCAACUCCCUGCAGCUAUUAUCAUGCUCUUCCGAUGGAACGUGCCGAUUGUGGAACCCCACCCUCAAGUCACCCCUGCUAAAUACAUUCAUUCUAGAUAAAGAAUCCAGCUGCACGCCAACAUCUAUAGACUUCCUUCGUAUGGACACCUCUCAGAUGGUUGCAUCUUACUCCUCCGCCCGUGCUGCCAUCUUUGAUCUGGAAACCGCAGAAGCUGUUGUGAAUCUGGAUAGUGCCAAAACUUACAAUAACAGCCCGUCCACACAGAUUAACAAGGUGGUUAGCCAUCCCACCCUUCCUGUCACCAUUACCGCGCACGAAGACAGGCACAUACGCUUCUUUGACAACAACACAGGCAAACAGAUCCACUCCAUGGUAGCACACUUGGAUGCGGUCACGAGUCUAGCUGUAGACCCUAAUGGACUUUAUCUCUUGAGUGGAAGUCACGACUGCUCCAUUCGACUUUGGAACCUCGACAGCAAAACGUGUGUCCAGGAAAUUACAUCUCAUCGGAAGAAGUUUGAUGAGUCUAUCUACGAUGUUGCCUUCCACCCAACCAAACCAUACAUUGCGAGCGCUGGAGCCGACGGCCUCGCGAAGGUGUUCGUAUGAAGAUAAACGAGUGCCGAUCAGUGUCCGACAAGACGUCGAUGCCGGCGAUACCAACUGCAAAUACAUAACUCGAUAAACUCCCGAUCAGACAAGGAGGUCUUACGAGUGGGUAUCGAUUGGCUGUCAAGAUGAGCCGUUUGAAGUGUGGCCACACACUCAAAGGACUUCUAACCAUAUGAAGGAGCCUUACUUGUGCUCAUCGACAAACCUUAAAAGACUUAAACUUAAAACAGACAGCAUCGAAUGAUCUUCUAUCGCGGAAGGCCAGAAGGCUUAGUAGCCUAAUGCAGUGGUAGAAAAGCUGGAAUUUACACGAGUGGAUUAUGACUGAGUGACGACUCCCGGGGCUCUACCGAGAGUCUCUAAGGAAAUCGACGUUUCCGCUGCCACUCGGGCUGUAUUUAUUUGAAAACUUUGCCCAAGGUUUUCAUUAGUCUACAAGAGUAUUUCUAGGAUACUUCUCGCCUAGUAGUUUGCCAUACUUUUCAACGUUGGGAUCACGCAAGGGAAUUUGUAAAUGAAAAAUAACUUCGAAAUUUUCGGAAGAACAUGUUUGCUAUCAAAUGAACUGUAAGUAUAUGUGCCUCAAGCGCUUUUUGCAUGAAGGACGCGAAUGAAAUUGUGAUCACAUUUUAGGUAUAGGCUAGUGAUGCACUCCUCUCCAGGUAUCUCCAAGUGUGCGUUAAUUAAAUAAUCUGGAUCCGACUUGCGUGACACUGUUGUUUUUGAAUUACCAUAUUGAAAAACGCCAUUAUGCACCAGUCAGUUGAAACCACGGCACCCCGACCCCCGGGACAUAGCGGGCAAAUAACCAUUCAUCUGGUGUUAAAUGCGCGUUACUUUCCCGGCCACCGGGGCCUGUGACGCUGGUAAAACCCCCGAUACAUGGCCCCGGUGUUUUGCGAUAACAUCCCACUACCGAAAGCCAUACCUUUCUUUGAGCUGACAUGUUAGGUGAACUAAACUUCGGCGGUAAAAAGCGGGUGCAUGCUAUGCCCACUAUCGGGCCCUCUCUAGUAUUUUCAGCACAGGCUGCCCCAAAUUUAAAAAUAAACAGACAUCAAUAGAUAGGGUGUAAACAUUUUUUUUCCAGUCAAUACUAUCAAAGAUUUAGAUAUGCAAGUAUCUUUGUUAAAAGAUUAUAAUUUGAAUACGCCGGGAAAAAACUGGGGAAGUCCAACGCAAUUUCCGGUUCACCGUUACUUCCCCGCCCCCUUUCCCGGCCUGUUGAGAGCUUCUGUUAAAUCCCCUGUCCCCCGGUGGACUACAGGUGUUAAAUCCCCCGCAUGACCGCGUUACCUCCCCGGUAUGUCCGGGGGGCCGGGCUGUCAAUUGACUGGUGCAUCCAUAUAUCAUCUCAUUUUUUUAUUGUUGAGUGAAACUCAUUACCUCAUUUUACACCAAUUUUUUUAUUCUUUUUUUUUAUUAUUCUUUAUUGCGCUGGUAAAAAAAAUCGUCUAACAAGUCAGAUCCAAGAUCUUAAAUGGGAAAAAUUAAAUUUUGGACCCGUUAGUUCAUAGAUACCUGUAAAGGAACUUAUCGAAGGAUCCAGUUCGGGAAUCCAGGAGAUUGUAAGGUUGGACUCGACCCUCGGUAUUAGAGUAGUGAUAUCAAUUAGUAGAGAUAUAAAUUAGUGUUGUGUGACGUGACUGUGUCACGCUCUUGUCCUAGCUGUGCCGCACUCUGAAUCUAUACCCAUCUCAUAAUUGAUGUUGUGACUGAAAUGUUGUGGUAUCCCCUUUCAUAACUCAAAACUGGUAGCUGUAUAUCAUAUCCAUUCCAUUCAUAAACACUAGUUAGACAAGGUACGGUUACAGCUAGCGUUGGCCGAGUCUAUUGCCAGGAACGGGGCCAUAAGUAUCCAGUUUCAGGGAUUUCAGUGGGAGUACAUUCGAAACAUAUUCUUUUGAUUUAGGUCUUUCAAAGAAAAUCAUCCUGUCUUGUCGAUAAUGUAUUUCUAACAGGCCUUUUCUAAUGUACCUUGUAAAACAGACAAGAAGUGAACGUUAGAUAUAAUAAAUUGGCGUUAGACAAAAAGUGAACGCUAGAUAUAAUAAAUUGGCGUUUUGUGUA